AUGAAUAAUAAGAAACCUCUUUCUGUUAUUACUGAUGGGGAUAAAGCAAUGCGUAAAGCCAUCAAGAGGAUAUUUCCAGACUCUUGUCAUCGAUUAUGUGCUUGGCAUAUUCAACGCAAUGCAUUCACUAAUGUCCAUGUCAAAGAUUUUACUAAUCAUUUUUCUAAGUGCAUGUUCAUGGAAGGCACCGUUGAAGAAUUUGAAUGUGCAUGGAAUGACAUGUUGGAAAUGUUUAAUCUUCAUGGACAUAAGUGGGUGACAGAUAUAUAUGCUAAGCGUUCUAGAUGGGCAGACGCUUAUUUAAGGGGGCAUUUCUUUGCUGGUAUGAAAAGCACACAAAGGUGUGAGAGCUUGAAUUCAUACUUGAAUCGUUUCCUUAAAACUCGUUUGAAGCUGUUUGAGUUUGUCAAGCAUUUUGAUAGAGCACUCUCACGUAUUCGUCAUAAUGAGGCAAAGGCAGAGUUUGAGACACACCAUUCUUCAGCUGUUCUAACAACCAAACUCUAUGCACUUGAGAAAUAUGCAGGGACUGUUUUCACAAGGCAAUCUUUUCUAAAAUUUAGGAAUGAGAUGAAGAAUGCAGAAUUGUUUUUCCCUGUUAGUACAGAAAAUCAUGGAGGUUAUCGUGUCCAUACAUUGACCAAGUUUAGAAGCCCUGACAAGAUUUGGAAAGGUGACACCUUGAAUUUACCAGGCUUGCGUUCCAUUGUUGAUCGUGUUUUCUUCAAUUGA